AUGACUUUAUAAGAAUCACAAGCUGAAAGCUUCAGUCCUGCAGUCAGUAGUUUUCCAGACCAAACGACAGCAUUACAGAGUUCUGAAAAACAAAAGGAACUUAAAUCAACAUGUCUUUUGUAUCAGAAUUUCUGAAGCAGGCCUAUUUUAUUGACAACGAUGAACCACAAUAUGUUAAAAGCACUAAAGGUGGUUCAGCAGUCAAUGCCUACCCAAACUUCAAUCCUUCAGCUGAUGCUGCGGCACUGGACAAAGCCAUUACUGCUAAAGGAGUUGAUGAAAAAACUAUCAUUGAUAUUUGCACCCAAAGAACUAAUGCCCAGCGCCAGCAGAUCAAAGAAGCCUACCAGCAAUUAAAGGGAAAGCCUCUGGAAGAGAGUCUGAAAAAAGCACUCAAAAGCAAUUUAGAAGACGUUAUUGUGGCAUUGCUGAAGAAGCCUGCUCAGUUUGAUGCUGAGGAGCUCAGGGCUGCCAUGAAGGGGCUUGGAACGGAUGAAGACACUUUAAUUGAAAUUAUGGUAACAAGGAACAACAGAGAACUCAGAGACUGUAACAGAGCAUAUCACGACGAGUUUAAGAGAGAUCUUGCCAAAGACAUUGCAUCAGAUACAUCCGGAGACUUCCAGAAAGCUUUGCUUGCCCUAGCAAAGGGAGACCGUGAUGAAAAUCCUCAUGUGAAUGAUGAGUUGGCAGAUAAUGAUGCAAGGGCCUUGUAUGAAGCUGGAGAGAGAAAAAAAGGAACAGAUGUUAAUGUUUUCGUUACCAUCCUUACUACAAGAAGUCAUCAACAUCUCCGAAGAGUUUUUCAAAAAUACGCUAAAUAUAGCAAACAUGACAUGAACAAGGUUCUGGACCUGGAACUGAAAGGAGACAUUGAGAACUGCUUGACAGCAAUUGUGAAAGCUGCCACAAGCAAACCAGCUUUCUUUGCUGAAAAACUCCACCUAGCAAUGAAGGGUUCUGGAACUCGCACCAAAACUCUGAACAGGAUCAUGGUAUCACGUUCUGAGAUUGACAUGAAUGAGAUCAAAGCACAUUACAAGAUAAUGUAUAAGAAACCCCUGGGCCAGGCCAUUAUGGAUGAAUUAAAAGGCGACUACGAAACUGUUCUCGUGGCUCUGUGUGGUGAGGACUGAUGAGCACCAUAUCUGUCUGAUACACGCCUGCCUCUCCAUGCUUAUUUUUAGCUCCAGCUGUUACAUACCUUUGUAUACUAAAGCUUUAAACAGAGAGGGAUCUCUGGGUUCAGUUGUUAACAAAUCACAUGGAUCUUCAUCCAUGUAGCAUAACCUGCUUUGUUGUUCAUGUUCAUCCAAAGCCAGAAAGUAUGAUAAGAACAGAUGUGUCUGCUUUUGUAGGGUUAGCCAAUGCAAAAAAGGUACAGAAUAAGCCUGAGCAGCCAGAAGUGACAUUCCAAAUAAAAAAUAAACUGUGAUCUACGUU